UAGGGACGCCGUCGCGCGCACCGGUCGAUUAGUCAGACAGUCGAGCCGAAUCGGUCAGUAACGAAGAAGAGAUCCCGCGCGCAGGAUUAACCCACCGCAGCACAGACAGAAUGGCGCUUUUUCGCUUCACCCCGAGACGCUGCCUCGAGCUUCAGAAAAUAACGUCGACGGUCUUCGUGCGACAACUGACCGAUGCAUCCACGGAUCUCAGGAGGAUUCUCACGGAUAAGAUUCCGCAGGAGCAGGAACGAGUCAAAGCCUUCCGUAAGAAUCAUGGAGCCACCAAAGUCGGCGAAGUUACCGUCGACAUGAUGUACGGCGGUAUGCGAGGCAUCAAGGGUCUCGUGUGGGAGCCAUCGGUGCUCGACCCCGAGGAGGGCAUCCGUUUCCGCGGCAAGUCGAUCCCCGAGUGUCAGAAACUGUUGCCGAAGGCGGCCGGUGGCGCGGAACCGCUUCCGGAGGGUCUCUUCUGGUUGCUGAUCACCGGCGACGUGCCCACGGAAGCGCAAGUGAAAGCCAUCUCGCAGGAAUGGGCGUCCAGGAGCUCGUUACCUGAACACGUGGUCAAGGCCCUCAACAACUUCCCCAAGAGCCUGCACCCGAUGACGCAGUUCUCCGCGGCAAUCACGUUGCUCAACAGUGAGAGCGAGUUCGUCAAGGCGUACAAUAAGGGCGUGCACAAGAGCAAGUACUGGGAGACCGUGUACGAGGACUCGAUGAACCUGAUCGCCAAACUUCCGGUGGUGGCGGCGACCAUUUACCGUAAUCUCUACAAGGGCGGCAAAGGCCUGGGCUCGGUCGACGCCGGCAAGGAUUGGUCCUGGAACUUCGCCAACAUGCUCGGCUACGAUAAUCCACAGUUCAUCGAGCUGAUGCGUCUCUAUCUGACGAUUCAUUCGGAUCACGAGGGUGGUAACGUGUCCGCGCAUACUACUCAUUUGGUAGGAUCGGCUCUGUCGGAUCCGUACCUGUCCUUCUCCGCUGGUAUGAAUGGUCUGGCCGGACCGUUGCAUGGACUGGCCAAUCAGGAGGUGCUGGUGUGGUUGGAGAAGCUGCGCUCUCAGGUCGGCGACAGUCCGAGCGACGACAAGCUCAAAGAGUUCAUCUGGAAUACCUUGAAGAGCGGCCAGGUCGUGCCCGGUUACGGACACGCCGUUCUCAGGAAAACCGAUCCGAGAUACACCUGCCAGAGGGAGUUUGCGCUAAAACAUUUGCCGGACGACCCGUUGUUCAAGUUGGUCGCGCAGGUGUACAAAGUGGUACCGCCGGUUCUACUGGAGACCGGCAAGGUGAAAAACCCGUGGCCGAACGUGGACGCUCAUUCGGGCGUGCUGCUGCAAUACUACGGCAUGAAAGAGAUGAACUACUACACUGUUCUGUUCGGCGUGUCGCGCGCGUUGGGCGUGCUCGCCUCCCUGGUGUGGGAUCGCGCUCUAGGAUUGCCCAUCGAGAGGCCUAAGUCCCUCAGCACCGAACUCCUUAUGAAAGCUGUCAAGGCUUAAGAACAUACGUCUGUCACUUAAUCGACGAUUAGUUAUCGGCGUCACUUUAUCAGUCAAUCUCGUCGUCCCGAUCUCGUUCAAGCGACGCCGGGAACUUUGCGAAAAGGUAUUUUGAUACCGACCUCGACAGAAUCACCUCAACGAUCCUGCGCCUUAUCAAGUGAACGAGAGUAUGAAUUGUGCAGAGAAUGAGAGAGAGAAUGAAAGAAAGAGAAAAAGAAUGUGCGAAUGAGACAAGGCUAGGUAUUAAACACGACAAAUAAUUAUGUCAUAAUAAUGUAUUAUCUAAAUGUAGAAUUAAGAGCAAAUACAUCAAUAUUCCGCGUCGGAAAUGAGGCGGAAUUUGAAUUUAUUUUUUUCUUCCGUUCGGUACUUUUGAAUAUAAGCGAUUACAAAUUUAUAUAUUAUGAUAAAUAUAAUAAUUAUAUAUUAUUGUAAUUAAUAAUUAUAUAUAUAUUAUUCUAAUUAAUACGAUUUUCGAAUUGUUGAUAUUCGAGAAGUAUCGAUUACGGGGAAAAAUAUUAAACGAGAUGCAGUUAUCACGGCGUAACUGCUUUAAGCGGAAACGUAGAUUGGUCCAAUAGUGGAAACUGCCAAAAGCUUGUGAGGAAAAAAUCCAAAAGACAGCGUACAAAUUCAAGAGAUGAAAGCGUUUGAAACAUCUUUAAAUACGGAAAUAUCUCUUAGAUUUUUGAAAGACGUCUUUCAUGAGAUUUAACAUUAUUUGAAAAUACACAUAAAACAGAGAGACGCAUCAGAGAUAGAUGAAGAAUUAUUGUAAAUACACUCAUUGCUCUCAAUAUUCAAUAAUGCGUUGAUUGACAUCCAAGAAACAUCGUUUAAAUGUCUAGAAGAUGAUCCAAUCCAAUUCAGGCAUUAUUCGAUUUUCUUGGGUAUCUCUAGGACUUUUGCGUUGUAUGAGCUCGAUAAUGGCACGUUGUAGGAAUUAGUACAUUGUAAUGUUACUGUCUUGCCUCGUCAUUCGAGAGAUAUACUGCCCAAAAGUAUAUAUCACAUUUUUUAAAUUAUUUAAUUAAUAAAAAAAAGUAUAAAUUUUAUUGUAAGAAUUUUCAUAAAUAGAUGAUAGAUUUGGAGACAAUAGUAGCUAAAAAAUGCGAAUUAAAUAAUAAUUCGAAUGUAAUUCUCCUGAUCGUUAACUUACUGUCCCAUCUCUGCCUCAGGAAGUUUAUUGUAAUUAGUUGUCCUUAGAAUGGCAAAAAAGAAUAAUGUUACUUACUGUGCCGCAAAUUGCGCUGUGUAGUUGCGGAAAUACUUAAAAGCGAGCAAUACGUAUGCAAAGUGAUGCAACAAGCACGUAAAUAUAUAGCAGUCAAUAGUCUUGUCGAACGGCCGACGUGGUUACUCGUUCGUGGCGAGUCGUCGCGCGUAAAAUUAAGAAGCAUGACUAGUGCUGGAACCACUGUUAUAUCAGAAUGAAUGAGCGUGUGCGUAUCUUAUUUAUAAUGAAAAUGUGAAAAUAAAUGGACGACUAAAGGUAAAGCUAAAAUUCUUCCUUUCACGCUCAGAACUCAAAACGUAAAUGAAAUGCAUAAUUUUAAAUGUAAUUUUUUUUCGUGCCGAAAAUUUCAAUGGUUCAGAUAAAAUUUUAAAACGAUAUUUUUAUAAUAGCGUAUUUAUCAAUUUCGACACUGAGCGAUUUAAAUUGAUGUACGUUCUAUUCGAAUCUACCUACAACAAUGAUAAUACUAAUAUUUUUUAUAAAAAUGCAAAAAUGAAAAGAGGGAUGGAAUUAUUAUGGCGAAUCAGAAAAAUAAUAGAGAACAGAUAUCUGUUUCUUAUUGAUAGAAACUGAUUUAUUUGACAUCGCACAUUUUAGCCUUUACUUAAUAAAGUUGUACAGGGGACACUUCCCCUGGGGCUUAUACAUAUUAUACAAUAUUAAUAGGUAAAGAUCAAUAAAUCGCGAAAAUUGA